CCCGAUAGAGUUGGUUGAGAUAAACUUUAUUAUCCUCAAGCAGCAAAAAACAGAAGAAAAUUUUACCAAGAAUGAUUCAUCUUAUGCCCCUAAAAAUUCAAUCUUGAUGCUUCCCAGUUUACUAUUUGGUACCUUGAAUCAUAAAAAUAUACCCUUUUUGUAGAUAGAAGAAAAGAAAUGCUAAUGAUACAGUCCACCAUUUCACCUCCCCUGCAAAAAUCUGUUCUUGUUCCAGCUAAAACUGCAACAAGUUGGAGUAAACAUGGCUGUUUUCUUGAUUUAAAUGGUGGGUGUGGUUCAAAAUCAGCUUCUUAUCACUUUCCAAGAAGACCCAUUAAGGGAAAUUCAAUUCAGCUGAAGAUUUAUGCAAGGAAAUCAGAAUCAUUCCCAAUUUUGCUUUCAGAGAAAGUUGAUGAAUUGCCAGAGAAGUUGCUGAAUGGCGGAGAUAUUACUAUUAGUAGUGGACAGGUUCUUUCUCUAUCUGCUAUCUCAUGUGGGUCUAUCUUCUGGUUGACAUCUGGGCAAGUGGCAUCAGCAAGUGAAGGUGUCAGAGUAAAUAUGGUUUAUGAGGUCGGAGAGUUAUUUGAACUGGGAAUCCAGCUUACUUACCUGCUUUUACUACUAGCAUUGCUUGGGGUUGGGAGUUUCUUUGUGAUUCGGCAAGUCCUUGUUCGCAGAGAGCUUGAUCUUUCUGCCAAAGAAUUGCAAGAGCAAGUUAGAAGUGGUGAUGCCAGUGCGACAGAGCUUUUUGAACUUGGAGCUGUGAUGUUGAGGAGAAAAUUCUACCCAGCUGCUACCAAGUUCCUUCUUCAGGCAGUAGAAAAGUGGGAUGGAGAUGAUCAGGAUCUUGCCCAAGUUUACAAUGCCCUUGGUGUCAGUUAUGUACUUGAUGGGAAAAUUGACAAAGGAAUUGCUCAGUUUGAGAAUGCUGUAAAAGUUCAACCUGGUUAUGUCACGGCAUGGAACAACCUUGGUGAUGCGUAUGAGAAAACCAAAGACUUAACAUCUGCUCUAAAUGCAUUUGAAGAGGUACUUCUUUUUGAUCCUAACAACAAAAUAGCUCGUCCUAGGCGCGAUGCAUUGAAGGACAAAGUAACAAUGUACAAAGGAGUAUCGGUGAAAUCUAAGAAGAGUUGAUAUAGCUAGCCGGUUAGUUCUUUUACACGCUUAUGCUGAUUAUCUUUUUGAGGAGCUCUUUUUAUUCUCUUUAUCCGCGUUCUCCUACACAAGUGGAAUUCGUUGUCAUGGCCAUGUUGAAGUUUUGGAUGUUCCAUAAUAGAAGUGGGCUAGAAGUUUUUUGAACUUCUUCAUCCUUCUGUCUUUUGUGUAAAUGAAAUGAACAGUGUCUAUUCUACUUUAUUUGCAUAGAAUCAGGAGAACUGUUGAUGAUUUCUGCCCUAUUUGUUUACCAUUUCUUUGCCUUA